GUGAAAAAACAGUGCGCUUCGUUCCCAGAACGGAUCGUCGGGAUUUCUUGUGCUAGCUCCCAGAACCAGGUUGAGAAAAUCGUUCCCCGGUUCCCGUUUGGUGUGUGUGCUUACAGGUCUAGUCUGCUGUUGCGCUCCAGAAUGUCGUUUAUGGCACGUACAGUGGCCAGAAGCCUGGUUCAGGCUUCUUGCCGUGGGAUCCACUCGACUGGAGCCGUCCAAACGCCACCGCCACCGGCUGCGGCGGUCAAGGAUAGCAGCAAGGAGGGUCGCAUCACCUGCACCAUGAUUCCCGGUGACGGCGUCGGUCCGGAGCUGAUGUAUGCCGUGCAGGAGGUCUUCAAGGCCGCCGACGUGCCGGUAGACUUUGAGACCUUCUUCCUGUCCGAGGUCAACCCGGUUCUGAGCUCGCCCCUGGAGGACGUGGUCCGUUCGAUCAACAAAAACAAGGUCUGCCUCAAGGGAAUCCUGGCCACGCCCGACUACAGCCACACCGGCGAGCUGGCCACGAUGAACAUGAAGCUCCGCAACGAGCUGGACCUGUACGCGAACGUCGUUCACGUGGUCAGCCUGGAUGGCGUCAACACCCGCCACAAGGGCAUCGACACGGUCGUGGUGCGCGAACAAACCGAGGGCGAGUUCUCCGCCCUGGAGCACGAAGCCAUCCCCGGGGUGAUCGAGUGCCUCAAGGUGAUCACGGCCCAGAAGUCGGCGCGUAUCGCCAAGUUCGCGUUCGACUACGCGACCAAGCACAACCGCAAGAAGGUCACCUGCGUCCACAAGGCCAACAUCAUGAAGCUCGGCGACGGUCUCUUCAUGCGCGAGUGCGAGCGGAUUUCCAAGCUGUAUCCGCGCAUCGAGUUCGAGAAGAUGAUUGUGGACAACACGACGAUGCAGCUGGUGAGCCACCCGCACCAGUUUGACGUGAUGGUGGCGCCGAACCUGUACGGAAACAUCAUCGACAACAUCGCGUCCGGACUGGUGGGCGGUGCCGGCGUUGUGGCCGGUUCCUCGUACUCGUCCGAGCAUGCCGUGUUUGAGCCGGGUGCGCGCCACACGUUCGCCGAGGGCGUCGGCAAGAACAUCGCCAACCCGUGCGCGAUCCUGCUGUGCUCGUCCAAGAUGCUGCGCCACGUCAACCUGCUGCACUACAGCCAGAUGAUCUUCCAGGCCGUGCAGGACGUGCUCAAGGCCGGCAAGGUUCGCACCAAGGAUCUGGGCGGCCAGUCCACCACCAACGAGUUUACCGCCGCCGUCAUCCACAACCUGCGAUAAGCGGAAGCACCCUGGGAAACUCCGAAAUUCAAGCGAGCCAUUGUACUUCCCUGUCCCGCGCCCUGACGGAUGUCCCCCUCGAUUGUAUUAGAUUUUCAAUGCAGCAAUUCUGCAGCAGCAUGUAUUCUACCCCGCCUAUUUUACGUUUCUCUAGCCGCCCGUUCUCCGCGAGUUCAUCAAAUAUUUAUUAAAAAUCUAGCCAAAGUUCGACAAAAAAAAGUAAGCGUUUCAAUAAAUUCCGGAUUCGAAGCAACCGACAACUAGUUCAA